UUUGAUUUUCGUAAAUAUAAUUUUGUAUUUUGUAAGACAAUUUUCUACAUUUUGCACAAGAAACCAUGCUUAUGGUAAAGAAAAAAUCCAAGUCCAAAAAGGCCAAGAAUGUCGUGAAGAAGGUGAAUCUGCUGGAGGAUCCCGGCAAAUUGCUAACUCCGAAUUGGUUCUGGACGCGGUACAUAAACAAACAGAUCGUACCGCCCCCAGUGGCCCGUCCUUUGGUGGAGGUGGCCGAUCCCCAGAUGGGGUCACCCCUGUCCAACAGCUCCAAGCUCCACAUGAUGGACUCCAGUGGCUUCCUGGCCGCCAGUUCGAUUAGUGGCAUUAAAACACCGUGUCCUCCGCCGCCGAUACUGAUUCCGAACGAAAUGAAUCCCGAUUUCGAAGACAUUCUCACCAUUUCCCGACAAAGACUCCUGCGAAAUAUGGGCAACACCUUUGACAUCGAGAAGAUUCUACCCAAAAAGAAAAAGAACAAGAAAAAGAAAAAGGGGCACCUUAAGCCAGCACUUAUAGAGAUCGUGGAGCAGAAGCCGGAGGUUCCGGAUCCGAUACCUCCUGUCCUGGAUUCCAUGCUCACCGAUGCGGUCACCGCCCACGAUUUCGAGCUCAUCUGGAGGACGGAUAGCGCCAACCCGAAUAUAUCCUUUGCCCAGGCACUCCAGCAAAAGGCAAAUCGCAAGUUGGCCAACUAUGAAAUCAUCUGGGAGGCCAUUAAAAACUAUUUGCACGAUGACCUGGAGAUCCAGAUCGAGUCGAAGUUCUACCACGUGGACCGCUUCCUGUUCACCCACUUCGCCCGCAAUUUCCGCGGCUGCUCGGGAUCCUUUCUGCAGAUUCCGGUGCAGAAGGUGCAGAUGAGCCUGAUGAUCCACAUCUACAACUGGAUGCUGGGCGAGGCGAAGGGGUUCCCCAUUGGCAACGACCUGAUACCCUUCAUCAUGGCGGCCAAGUUCCUGGGUGUGAGGAAGCUGGUGCAGCAGUACUGGAACGCCUUUUCCCCGGGUGGCCGCAGUGGAGUGUGGGAGCUGAAUGCGUUCCACACAUAUCUGGUGGCCAGGGAGUUCCGGUGCCCCGACACCAUGGCCCUGAUGAUGUCGCGGGUGCGGAAGUGCUUCCUGCCAUUGGUGGCCUCCAGGGAGUUCCUCGAGUUCGAUGCCAACGAGGUGGCCUGCCUGCUGCGCCAGGACAUGCUGUGCGUGAACACCGAGGACGAGGUCUUCUUCGCCUGCCUCUACUGGGUGGACUUCGCCUGGGCGGAGCGCAAGAAGCACGCGGUCCAUCUGCUGGCCAAGAUCCGCUUCGCCCUCCUCUCACCCUCGUUGCGCCGCUCCCUGUGCAACUUUCCGGAGACCGCCCACAUCGGGGAGAUUGCCCGACUGCCGCAGGUAGUCGACUGGCUUUGGGAGGGCAACCAGUACUGCCAAGCGAUGUUGGUCAACGGCCAGCCGUCGAGACAGAAGGGCAAGGCGGUACAGAAGCUGCUGGAGAAGUACAAGCAGAACAAGAUACCGGAGCGGUACUGGACCUACUGCCGGGGCAUGCCGCACCACCAUGACAUGCGCUGUCCGCGCCACCGCGAACUCACCUUCGAGUCCUUCAAGCGCAUCCUGCACCGCCUCCAAUCGCACAGCCAGAAGUUCAUGGACGGGCUGCGGUUCGUGCCGAACAAGUACUGGUACUCGUACCGCUGCUGCGUCGACGUCCAGUUCCGCCCCCACUGCAAGCGGACCUGCCCCAAACCGCCCAUCUACCGCAAAGCGUUGCGCUGGGACCAGCGUUUACCCCGCGAAUAAUCCAGACAUUGUUUUUGUUUUACCAAGAUUUUCGGAUCAGAAACAUUGAUCAGCAUAUAACGUAAAUAUAAUCAAUUGCAAGCACCAGUCUUGGCAUCGCUUAAAUCCAAA